AAAAAUAAACCAACGUCAUGAAGUUUUCACCAAAUGUUACAUCGUCUAGAAGGAAGCAGAGGAAGGCAUAUUUUACAGCUCCAUCUUCUAAGCGUAGAAUUAUUAUGUCUUCUCCUCUCUCAAAAGAAUUGAGAGAGAAGUACAAGGUUAAAGCACUACCUAUUCGAAUCAAUGACGAAGUUUUAGUUGCUCGUGGAAGCCAUAAAGGACGUGAGGGGAAAGUUAUUCAAGUUUAUAGAAAGAAAUAUGUUAUACAUAUUGAGAGGGUUGUUAAAGAAAAAGCAAAUGGAGCUACAGUACCAAUUGGUAUUAAUACAAGCAAAGUAGUCAUUACAAAGUUGAAAAUGGACAAAGAUAGAGAAAAGCUUAUUUUAAGAAAGAGCGGAAAUAAAUAACUUUUUUUUAGAAAAAUUAUUUAUAAAUUUUGUAUUAUAAUACUAUUUAUA